CUGGUUUGUUUAUGUUUGAAAUCGUAGUCUAGCGCGGUCGGUUUUGGUGCGCGCAUAAAUUUCGGUUCGCGUAAUUCUUUCUGAAAAUCGUUGAAUAAAGGUGUUACAAGUUGCAAAUUACCGCUGCAAACAUGGCUAAACCUAAAAAGGAUAAGCAACCAUCCAAUGGUGUGUCGAAAAAGCACGCGACGGCCACGGACGGAGGCUCUUCGAAAAUCUGGACCGACGAGCGAUUUGCCCACUUGGUAAACGAUCCACGCUUCAAAGGCAUUCCCAAGACGGAGAAAAAGGUCAAAAUCGACAAGCGGUUCCAGUCGAUGUUCAAGGAUGAGAAGUUCAACGUGAAGCAUACCAUCGACAAGUACGGUCGAAAGGUGAAGCAGGCUGAAAGCGAUGAGCUGCGGAAGUACUAUGAAAUGGGGUCCGAAUCGGAGUCAGAGCCGGAGCCGGAGAUUGAGAAAGAGGAGGAGCCGAAGGCGGACGGUGACUCGGAUUCGGAUGGGCUGGAACUGGAUGACGAAGAGAAGGCGAUGGCCAUGCCGGAUAAGGUGAAAUCUCGGUUGGAAGAUCUGGAGAUCGACUAUGCCAGAGGUGAGGGAGCCAUUGCAUCGGACAGUUCUUCGGACGAUGAUUCCGAUGAGGAGGGCGAAGAUGAAGGUGAGGAAGUAUUCAUCGAGCAUGUCUGGGGGGAACUGGAUGCAGAUGCGGAACGGACGGACGAAUCAACGCGGAGACUAGCCCUGUGUAACAUGGAUUGGGAUCGGGUUCGGGCGGUGGACAUAAUGGUUAUGCUGAGCUCGUUCCUUCCGCGGGGGUCGACUAUCCUGAGCAUCACGAUCUAUCCAUCCGAGUUUGGCAAAGAACGAAUGCAAGAGGAAGAAGCCCAAGGUCCAGAAGAACUAACGGCGCAGCGGUCGGAUCAAUCAGACGAGGAAGGUCUGGAUGAGGAAGCAGCAAAGGAGAAGCAACUGGAACGUCUCCGCGAGUAUCAGCUGAACCGUCUGAAGUACUACUACGCCGUGGUCGAGUGCGAUAACGUCGAAACGGCCGACAAGCUGUACAAGGAAUGCGAUGGCGUUGAGUACGAGAGCACCGCCAACAAGCUAGAUCUACGAUUCAUUCCGGACGACAUGGAAUUCGACGACGAACCGAAGGAGAAGUGCACCGAACUGCCCGAGGUGGGAAAGUACGAACCUCGAGUGUUCAUCACGACGGCCCUGAAUCAAUCGAAGGUGGAGCUGACCUGGGACGAGAAUGACGUCGAGCGAAAGGAGUUCAACGAGAAGAUACGCGCUGGGAAGCUGGCGGAUGUGAAGGAUACCGAACUGAAGAAGUACGUCGCUUGCAGCAGCAGCGAAGAUGAGUCGGUUGAUGGGGGCGAGGAAGAGGAAGAUGAAAGUGAAUCUGAGGAAGAGGAGGAAGAAGAGCAGAGCACGAAAGGUGGUAAAAAGACCAAAAAGCAAGGUAUGAUUGCAAAGUACAAAGCACUGUUGGGAGAGAUCAAAGAUCAGGAAGACAAGGAAAAGGACGAGAAGGUUGAGAUGGAGUUCAGUUGGAAGGUGAAUGGAGAAGGAAACGAAGAGGAAGAGUCGGAAUCGGAAACGGAGCAAAAGAAGCGAGACAACAUCAAUCCGUUUGAGAAGAUACUGGAGAAAGCCAAGGAGAAGAAAAAGCGUCGAAAGGAGCUGAAGAAGAAGAAGAAACGAGGCGAAGUGAACAGCGACGGAGAAGAGGAGUCCGAAGAUGAUACACCGUACGGAGUGGAUUUAAACGAUCCAUUCUUUGCCAGUGCUUUCGACGAGAAGGAAUUUGAUUUGAAGAAACCAAACAAAAAGGACAAGAAGAAACAGAACGCAGAACAAGAGGAGGAAGAUGAAGCCGAAGCGGCUCGCAAACGCGCCGAGUUGGAACUGAUGCUGGACGAUGGAGACGAUGACAAGAGUCACUUCAACCUGAAAGCGAUCCAGGAGAACGAGGUCGAUCUGAAGUCCGUGUCGAAAUCGAAAAGGAAACGAAUUCUGAAAAAGAGCAAGAAGCAAAUCGAGGAACAACGUCAACAGAGUACGGGUGGUGACGAUUUCGAGGUCAAUGUGGAUGACGCUCGGUUCAAGGCGGUUUACGAGAAGCCGGAAUUCAACAUAGACCCCACGAAUCCGUCGUUCAAGAAGACGAAGGGAAUGGAGAAGCUGAUACAGGAGAAGUUGAAGAAGCGGCCACUGAAGGAUAACGAUCUACCGGGGGCGAUGGAUGAUGGCGAGGAUAACGUGGCAGCGAGUGAAUCAAAGAAGGCAAAGAGAGAUGUCAGCACUAGUCUUCUGGUGAAAAGUAUCAAGCGAAAAAUUGGAAAGUGAUUGUAAGUAUAUUUUAGGGGUAUAAUAAAUGCGACAUGUUGGCAUUUUGAAAAAAGAAGAUGAACAAUUUAACAUCACAUUUCCUGAGGCUUUGGCGUUUAGCAGCACAUCGUCACCACUACUACUGCCGGACGUACGUUGACCACCAGCAAUCAUGUACUUGGUCUUUGUGGUGUUCAUCGUAAUCGUGAGUCCAAUUCUGCGGCUCCGUGGUCGUGCGGCUAGUGUCUUCUUCUUCUUUGUGGCU